GACGUCACGUCCUCAACAUAAUAUAACAGCCUUCGCCAUUAUCCGUUUUUGUAUUCGUAGUAUCGCGCGUUUAGAGGCUGUUCUUUGUAGACGGCUAAUAGUGUGAUUUGUAUCUAGUUUUAGUUUAAGUAGCAUUGCCAUGGCUGAUAAGAUGGAUAUGUCCUUAGAUGAUAUUAUCAAGCAGAACAAGAUGCUGCGAGGCGCUGGCGGGCGCGGCGGGAGAGGGGGUCGCGGCAGGGGAGGUGCGAGCGGGGGGCGAGGUGGCGGCGUCGGCCGGUUCGGAAGCAGCGGCGGAGGCUUUGGAGGCCGUGGAGGAGCAUCAGGCCCUAUGCGGAACCGACAGAACCUGACCCGGGGCAGAGGCAGACCCACGCCGUACAGCAGGCCCAAGCAACUCCCAGACAAAUGGCAACACGACCUGUUUGAUGGCAGUUUCAGCGGCAGUGCUGGGGGUGGCGUGGAGACCGGGGGAAAGCUGCUGGUGUCCAAUCUCGAUUUUGGAGUGUCUGAUGCAGACAUCCAGGAGCUGUUUGCAGAGUUCGGCACAUUAAAGAAGGCAGCGGUGCAUUAUGAUCGGUCGGGCCGCAGCCUGGGCACGGCGGAUGUCCACUUCGAGAGGAGAGCCGAUGCCCUGAAGGCCAUGAAGCAGUACAACGGUGUCCCACUGGAUGGCCGUCCAAUGAAUAUCCAGCUCGUUACGUCACAGAUUGACGCACAGAGGCGUGCGCCAAUGCAAGGGCUGAACCGGAGUAGAGUGGGCGGUGGCUUUGGAGCACAGCGACGCGGCACCCGUGGUGGUACCAGGGGGCGAGGCCGUGGCCGAGGUGGGAGGCCCGACCCUAAACAGCAGCUGUCUGCCGAGGAGCUGGACGCCCAGCUAGACGCCUACAACGCCAGGAUGGAUACAAGCUAGGCAGCUGCUCCUCCCCCCCCCCUCCUUCAGACUGGUUGGGAUUGGGUGACUCUGACAUGGGAUGUUUUACGAUUGGUUGUUUCUGGAGUUUUAAAUUCAUGUAUCAAUCUAAUUUUAUUUCGUUUUACAUGCAAGUUUUUGUACCUUUUUGAGAUACUGGUUGUCAGGCUGUAGAGUUUUUGGGGUGGGGCCUGUGCGCCCCCCCCUCCAUUCAUGUAAUAAACCUACAGUGAACAUUAA